GGCCUGGACAUCCCGCACUGCGCUGCUGACCUUCCUACCAACCGAUGUAAAAACCGCUAUACAAACAUCUUACCAUAUGACUUUAGUCGAGUGAAGAUUGUGACCACCGAGGAGGAAGAUGACAACGACUACAUCAAUGCCAACUACAUCCCUGGAUACAACUCAUUACAAGAAUACAUUGCGACGCAGGGGCCUCUGCCAGACACCAGGAAUGACUUUUGGAAGAUGAUUCUCCAGCAGAAAUCACAAGUCAUCGUGAUGCUGACCCAGUGCAAUGAGAAGAGACGGAUAAAGUGUGACCAUUACUGGCCCUUUACUUCAGAGCCGGUCAGCUAUGGAGACAUCACGGUAGAGAUGGUGUCUGAGGAGGAGCAGCCAGAUUGGGCGUUGCGGGUGUUUCGAGUUUCACAUGCGCCUGACACGCAGCAUGUUAUGCAUUUCAACUUCACCGCAUGGCCGGACCACGGCGUCCCUGCAGCCAGCGCAGCUGAGAGUGUACUACAGUUUGUCUACAUGGUGCGACAGAAAGCAGCCAAAACCAAAGGACCUAUAACUGUGCACUGCAGCGCCGGUGUUGGCCGGACAGGAACAUUUAUAGCUCUGGAUCGCCUCAUGCAGCACAUACGGGACCACGAGUUUGUGGAUGUUCUGGGCCUCGUGGGAGAACUGCGCUCAUACAGGAUGUCUAUGGUGCAGACAGAGGAACAGUUCGUCUUCCUCCAUCAUUGUGUUCAGUUAAUGUGGAAGAAGAAAAGGCAGCAGUUCCGGAUCAGCGACGUCAUAUACGAAAAUGUCCACAAAUCCUAGAGCCCACCCAGUGAGGACAACGCUGUCUCCAGUUAUGGGGCGUCUCUCACUCGCUGCCCUUGAAGGAUUGAGCCGUAGAUCUGGCGUCUUCUGAACUUUCCAUCAUGUUUUUUUUUAGUAUGAACUUUAUUGAAUAAGACACUAAAUGGUAUCGGAAGGGGCGGGGCCGAGGUGCUGGAUCCAGGGUGGUAUCUGAAGCCUUACCAGGGAUUAUACCUCAUUCUCCACAGGAGGGCGCCGUGCGUUGCGCUCGCUCCCAGUCUUCUGUCCUGACUGUAAAGACUUUGUCCCCACAGUUGUCUGUAUCUAGUGAAGCACAAUGUCCGUGUUGUGUCCCAGACCGGAGGGCGUGGCAGAUGGAGUUUCAGCGUGGCAGGGACCACACCAUUGUGUGUGUAUUCAGUUCCCUUUGUGCUAUGUGAGUGUAUGACACAGGAUCGGUCACCGGACCGGCGCGUCUGUAAACGGGGCAAAGUGCACAUAAAAUAAUGAGAAUUGUCUAUGGAA